AUCCAGUAAAAGCCAUUGUACUAACGGGGAUCGUACUGAAGGCUACAGAAGUAAAUGCUCUAGCUAACUACGUGUAACGUUUUUUUUUUUAUCUGCGUGUUAACACCCGAGAAGCAUUAAAGAUUUGAACAGUGAAAAUAAAGCGUGUUGUCGACAAAGGAAAACACGACGUUUGCACAGGCCGAACGACAACUGUAUUUUUCACCAGGGACGUUAACGUUACGCUUGGCGGAGGAAUUCAGACUUUGGUAGACAGCGGAAGAGGAAAACCCGCCGCCGAAUUCCGUACCAAUUUCACAUUCCCCUUAGAUAGCUUUGUUUUACCGUCUGUGCUCAGCUUUUCUCUUAGGUCUGUGCCCUUAUUUAGAUGGCAAGCUUUCCAGACUCUAUUAACGAAAAUGAUAUAGGUAAGGCAAAGUUCAUCGGUGAACUGCGGGUGCCUGUUGCUCCUUUUGACCAGAAGUCUGGGCGCGAGACUUGGACAGUAGCUUUUGCACCCAAUGGUUCCUACUUUGCUUGGUCUCAGGGGCAUCGCAUUGUCAGGCUCAUUCCCUUGACAAAAUGUCUGAAGAGCUUUUCUGUGGGCAAAGCUGGAGAGUCCACCAAUGCCUCGAGCUUGGGUUGUCUGUCUGGUCAGAACAGCUUUGGGGGCCAGGUAAUCCCAGCUGCCGACGAGCCCCGCGAACACACCAUCGACUGCGGUGACACGGUCUGGGGCCUGGCCUUUGGCUCCUCGGUGCCGGAGAAGCAGAGCCGCUGUGUGAACAUUGAGUGGCACCGCUUCAGGUUCGGUCAGGACCAGCUGCUUCUGGCAACAGGCCUCAACAAUGGUCGCAUCAAGAUCUGGGAUGUUUACACUGGAAAACUGUUGCUGAAUCUGAUGGACCAUACUGAUGUAGUGCGAGACUUGACCUUUGCUCCUGAUGGCAGUCUUGUGCUGGUCUCUGCAUCCAGAGAUAAGACCCUCCGUGUGUGGGACCUUAAAGAUGAUGGUAACAUGGUGAAGGUCCUGCGGGGGCAUCAGAACUGGGUGUACUGCAGCGCCUUCUCCCCUGACUCGUCCAUCCUGUGCUCAGUCGGCGCAGGCAAAGCAGUGUUCCUAUGGAACAUGGAUAAGUACACCGUGAUGGGGAAGCUAGAGGGGCACCACAAUGAUGUGGUGUCAUGUGAGUUUUCACCAGAUGGGGCGCUCUUGGCCACCGCCUCUUAUGACACCCGGGUCAUCGUGUGGGACCACCAGAAGGGCACCAUUCUGCUGGAGCUGGGCCAUCUCUUCCCUCCUCCAUCACCCAUUUUUGCUGGAGGGGCAAAUGACCGCUGGGUUCGCUCUGUGAGCUUCUGCCCUGACGGCCGCCACAUUGCCAGCAUCACUGAUGACAGGCUGGUUCGUUUCUGGAGCAUCGAGGAAAGAGCCCCUCAGGCCAUCGCUUCUCUGCCUAAUGGCCUCUGCUGUGCCUUUUCUGCUGAAGGGAGUGUCCUUGCUGCUGGGACUCGUGACGGUGCUGUGCACUUCUGGGAGUCUCCUCGCAGCAUUGGCAGCCUGCAGCACAUGAGUAGGAUGUCCCUCCGCCGGGUGAUGAGCACCCAGCAGGUGGAGGCCCUGGCCAUUCCCACGCCGCUCCGUGACUACCUGACCUACAAAGUCAUCUAACCCACAGCACCAACUGUUCCUGUCACAGCAUCAUCUGGCUGAAAAACCCAUGCGUUACUUUCAGAAAAAUAAAACCGUUUUACACAGAACUUUGUUGAACAAACAAAAUCAACCGGGAAAGGAGGAACAGAGCCGCCUGCGCUCAAACCCCCACCACCUCCACGCACAGCAGGAUAUUCUGUUGCUUUUGUAAAUAUUUAUUUUUGUAAGUACUUUAGUGAGUGAGCGUGCUGUACACCUGUAAGGUCAGGUUACUUCGGGGGGGCCUCCCGUCCCCUCCGUCACACCAGUGUGGAACCUGUACUCUUCCAGCUGGCUCCGGCUCUCCACCAGGUUCUGUAAACCCUUCAUCUUUUCUUCUGAGUUGGAAUGGCUGUUGCACUUAACGUGAGAAGCUUUGGCAGCGUUGCUUUCUCUUCAUGUCAGGGUUUCUGGUUGGGAGUGGUUUAAAAACGAGAUGAAGCGGUUAUUGUUCUCUCUUAGGUUUGAACAUUUACCUGAAACAGUAUUCACACCAUCAUGGCACACUCUCUUGUCACUGAAACCAGAGCUGUUUAAUGUGCCAAGCAGUAGUUUUUAUGUCCUAUAUAGAGACAUUUGCCGUUCAGUGAUCCAACACAGUACGUUAGCUAGUUUAAUUUAAUUCUGCUGUUUGGUCACACCAGAAUCCGGCACAAUGACAAGUGAUAAAUCAUUAAGGCAGAUAAUUUGGCACAUCUUAGGUCAUUGCAGAUAUGUUGGUAUUGCUGUAUAUAUCAGCUGGUAAAUGGCUAAAUAAAAUGGCAAGGAUAUUUUUUGGGAAACCUUGUUCAAAAUUGAGUGAAUCGACCUAUUGUCAUUGGAUUUUUUUCAAUCUGUGUAUUGGCCUCAAACAGCCGGUAUCGGUCGGGGGAAUUGAUGUUUGAUUGGUUUACCAGAGAUCACCAGAACACUGGCUAAAAUGACCUCCAUUCAUUAGGAUUAUAGUAGGACUUCCAGACACACUCGACUGAUGACAGAAACCGGUUGGAGUUGGUUGACCGCUCAGAUUUUCCAUGUCAAAGUUCAGCAUGGCUUUACAGCGUUACAGUCCACGGACCACAACAAUGUAAUUUAUUUAACUGAUUAAAUUAGUUAAAUUAGGUGUAAUGUUUUGUCAUUAUAAAAAGAGAGAGACCCUUUUCUUCUUUUUCUUUUCCAAAGCUACCCGGUGGCCGGAAAUGAGAUUGGUGGAGGAGGUAAACAAUGCAGGCUCCAAAUUGUCUAAAAUUUGUCUUAGCAAAAUAUUUGAGGACGGAAUGAGUUCAACACAUCCGUACAAGAAUACACAUUGUGUUGUGGUGAAAAACACUGAAUGGAAACUCAACAGGGUACCUUACUAAACCCACUUAAAAUUGCCGCUGAUGUGUGCUACUGACUAAACUACACCAGCUCAGAGUUUCGGUGAAGUGCAAACCAACAAUUAGUCCAACCCUGUCAUGAUGCCGGUGGAGCCCACCCAAAAAUGUCUCAAACUGGUGACACAAAUGGUGUGCGUUUGUUUUUCAAUCCCAUACCUGCCAAUACAAAUCCUUGAGACCAGUGUUUAAUGGUUUCACACUUAAGCACCUCUAGCAAACCAGUACAGAGUUCCAUGACAUAUGUAUGUGUGUGUAUAUAUAAAUUGUAUCAUGUCUACAUGAUUUUUUUUUAUACCCAGUUCUUCUGUUGAACAUUUUUGUUUUUGUCUUUUUGAUCUCUGUUAAAUGUGAAAAUGUCUGCAAAUGGGCCAACUACACGUUUUACUGCUAAAGCCCUGAAAGAAAAGGUGUGUUACAUUUCUAUACAGGUCAGAUUCAGACUGUGGAAGUGUUGCUGUCCUGUCGCUGCUUUUUGCAGCGUUUAGAAAUGGCAGUGAUUCCAGCAACCCUGAAAGUGGUCACAAGCUGCCAACCAAUCAGCUGUCAGCCUCGGCUAGCAGCCGUUAAAAACCAUCUGUUCCGUCCCGGUAGAAAUGUAUUCACGUGAGCCUCAAUGACCCUUUACAUUCUUAGAAUCUCUUGUUGCUUGAACAUUAUUUUCAUUGUGUGUGUGUGUGCGUGUGUGUGUUGGUGAUAUAUGAGAUGUAAAGAAGGGAAAGUGAGCUUUUAGUGUUGUCCUGUUGUCUUUCUGUAGGAAGAUGGGCGCAGAACAGCUGUCAAUCAUUCUUGGCAAUAAGUUCUCUAACAGUCAGUGCUAAUGCCAAAGGUUUUCCUUUUCAGAUCCUUUCUGAUUUUCUGCUGAGAUAUGGAGCGUGUCUCAUGAAUGGGCUGCAGUACUUAGUUCUCUAUACAGAACCUUAAUGGGUUUGCGUUAUAUGUUUGUAUACUUGUUACCAUUAGGAUUGGCAAUACAGUCCUGCCUCAGUGAGAUGCGGUUGAAUACAUCAAAUAUAUAUGAAUGUAUGAUGUUCCUUGUAUUUUUUUUGUGUGUGUUUGUUUCAAUAAAGACUUUUUGACAAAA